GCCCCCCUCCCUGGGUCCCUCCCCACAGUUGUCUGUGGGGACAGCUGCUGGGUAUCAGCUGGCAGGGCUGUGUUGGGGGAGCCGCAGUUGGCUGAGGGCCCCCAGCUGUUGGGCAUCUGCUGGGGGGAGGACUUAUGGGAUGGGGGUUCAGGUGUGAAGAUUUCGGUGCAGACCAGCUGGGAAGGGGCCACCCAGUACCCCCCUCAUCACCUGCCUCAGGAAUGGGGACAGUUUCUCCUCUUUUUUUGCUUCAUGUUUUCUGAGAUUUCCACAUCACUUUUUUGUAAGCACCAGGCUAUUAGCCAUGUGUGGACACAGCCAGGAAGUUAAUUUUGCACCCACACUGAGGAGUUCUCUGCCACAGCCCAAUGGAGGCUCAGCCAGUUCCUGCUCUCUCUUAGGCGGAAAACACCCCCACAGAGGCGCCUAAGAAGAAGGGGAAGAAGGGGAGAGCCAAAGGGACCCCGGUUGUCGACGGGCUUGCUCCUGAGGACAUGAGCAAGGAGCAGGUGGAGGAGCAUGUCGGGCGCAUCCGGGAGGAGCUGGACCGGGAGCGGGAGGAGCGGAACUACUUCCAGCUGGAGCGGGACAAGAUCCACACUUUCUGGGAGAUCACGCGGAGGCAGCUGGAGGAGAAGAAGGCUGAGCUGCGGAACAAAGACCGGGAGAUGGAGGAGGCCGAGGAGCGACACCAGGUGGAGAUCAAGGUGUAUAAGCAGAAGGUGAAGCACCUGCUGUACGAGCACCAGAACAACCUGACGGAGAUGAAGGCGGAGGGCACGGUGGUCAUGAAGCUGGCGCAGAAGGAGCACCGUGUGCAGGAGGGCGCGCUGCGCAAGGACGCACGGGCGCUGAAGGUGGAGCUCAAGGAGCAGGAGCUGGCGAACGAGGUGGUGGUGAAGAGCCUGCGGCUGAAACACACCGAGGAGAUCACCAAGAUGCGGAACGACUUUGAGAGGCAGGUGCGAGAGAUCGAGGCCAAGUACGACAAGAAGAUGAAGCUGCUCAGGGACGAGCUGGACCUGCGGAGGAAGACGGAGAUCCACGAGGUGGAGGAGCGCAAGAACGGCCAGAUCAACACGCUCAUGCAGCGGCACGAGGAGGCCUUCACGGACAUCAAGAACUACUACAACGACAUCACCCUCAACAACCUGGCGCUCAUCAACUCCCUCAAGGAGCAGAUGGAGGACAUGCGGAAGAAGGAGGACCGCAUGGAGAAGGAGAUGCUGGAGGUGUCCCUCCAGAACAAGCGGCUGGCAGACCCCCUGCAGAGGGCGCGGGAGGAGAUCGGGGAGCUGCAGCGCAAGCUGGGCAGCUAUGAGAGGGACAAGCAGAUCUUGGUGUGCACAAAAGCACGUCUGAAGGUCACAGAGAAGGAGCUGAAGGGCCUGCAAUGGGAGCAUGAGGUGCUGGAGCAGCGUUUCCUCAAGGUGCAGCAGGAGCGGGACGAGCUCUACCGCAGGUUCGUGGCGGCCGUGCUCGAGGUGCAGCAGAAGGCGGGCUUCCGGAACCUGGUCCUGGAGCACAAGCUGCAGGCACUCGGUGCCGCUGUGGAGAAGAAGGAGGUGCAGCUCAGCGAGGUGCUGGCGGCCUCCAACCUGGACCCCGCGGCCCUGACCCUUGUGUCCCGGAAGCUGGAGGACGUCCUGGAGUCCAAGAACAGCACCAUCAAGGACCUGCAGUAUGAGCUGGCCCGCGUCUGCAAGGCCCACAACGACCUGCUGCGGACCUACGAGGCCAAGCUCCUGGCCUUUGGGAUCCCCCUGGACAAUGUGGGCUUCAAGCCCCUGGAGACGGCUGUGGUGGGGCAGAUGCUGGGCCAGGGCCCCGCGGGGCUCGUGGGCACCCCGACAUAGCCCCUGAACGAUGCCCUCACACACAAGGGCCUCCGAGGCUUCAGUCAUUAGCAAAUGAAGGUUCUCCACAUCUGCUGCAUGUCCUCUUGCCUGUGGGGGCAGCCCCAGCCCCACCCCGAGGCUGCCCUUCUUGCCCUCCACAGGCUUUGCUGCAGCAGCUGGAGACAACAGUGGCAGGCCAGCACCACCUUUAUUGGCACCGAAUCACAGGCCUGGCCACGGGGCCCCUGGCCGCCCUGGCAGAGGGUGGAUGGUGGGUGGACGGUGGGCGGACGGGGCGCAGCGUUAGCUCCCCCGGUAUGUGGUGUAGGACCACGGGCUCAGCAGCAGGGGCACGUGGAACUUGUGGGUCUCAUUUGUGAUGGUGAAAACCACCUGCGGAGCAGAAAGGGUGCUGCAUGAGGCCCUGGGUGCCCACCGAGAAGGGCUGAGGGGGCCGACUCUCCCAGACAGCAGGCCUGAGGGCCCAGCUCUCAGGGGCCAGGGGAGAGGGCGGUGGGUUAGGCGCCG